AUGAUCAGUCCAGAGUUAUCCACUCUUCCUCAGCUCCGCCAGCCAGGUCUCCGCGUGCUCCUUCUCAUCCUCGGCAUACACGGAAAACUUGGUUACUUUGAGUUGCUCAACCAGCUCAAAGAUCUCAGUGAUCAUCUUCUCUGCCUCCUCGCGGUUUCCCUGAUUCUAGUCUGCUUCGGCAAUAUUCUUGCGGACCCCAAUAGACUGCAGAGAAGCCUUGCCGACCCGCUUGUCCAGCCAGCCAACUGA